AUGGACUCCGACAAAGUAAAGUCCGAGUCAAGCGAACAGCCAGGGGUGACCUUUUCGGCUCCCUCAUUCUAUCAAAAACUCGAGGCGCGCCUUGAGGAAAUCAGAAAACAGCGCGCUGCCAACGUGAAGUCAUCUGCAGACACCAGCAUGAAAGCAGAAGAGACUGCAACUGUUGUCGCCGUCGCCACAGACACUAACCUGGAGGCAGGGGAGACUGCUACGUCGGCUGCUAGCCUCCAAGAGAAUGACAAGCCAGCCGGUCAGCCGGGGCAAAUUCCAAAGAGAAAGAGGCCUGUUGAUCCUCUUCCAUGCACAUGUGCUAUCUCUGAAAACUGCUGCAGAGCUGCAAGGGAUGGUGUGUCAGAUUGCCGACUCAAUUCAGGGACCCUUGGCCAUCCCCCAAAGCGCCAGCAGAAAACCAGAACCCCUUUCCUCAGCUCAUCCACACGCUUCAUUUCGACAAAGGAAAAAGCUCGACUCCAGCGAUCAGCGGAUGAUGUUCUGAAGAUUCUCGCACUCUUCAACAAAUCAGCCACUGCAUCCGAGAAAGAACGUGCUACUCUGUUCAAAGAAACUCGAGAUCAUGUCCAUCAUCUCCAAUUCUAUGACAUUGAGCCAGCAUUCCCUUCUGUUCUUCAAAAGUUCCUUGAUCAGGACACUGGUCUCCCUGCCAUCAUCAAAAGCUCUACAGUUCCCUGGGAUGUCAAGCUGGACUGUGAAGCUAUUCUCAACCGCUGGGAACAUGAAGACUUUGACCCAGACUUGCUUCGUGGCAUCAUCACUCGCCAGGUUAGUGGUCCCCCGACUAGUGGAGCGCAGUCGGCUGGGAAAACCACCAAACUCGUAACCUCCCGCAGCUUUGACAAGAUGUUCAAAUUCAAAAAGAACAGCCUUGUUGUGGGUAAAAAUGACCUGUACAAUGGUCAAUGGUUUCCCUUGCAAAUUAUUGCAGUACGCGAUGGUGCACAUGGUAAUAUUGAAGGAGGAAUCUCUGGCCGGAGUGGCCUUGGGGCUGUUUCCAUUGUCCUCGGCUCUGCGGGAAACGGAUAUCCAGACGUUGACGAAGGAGAUACAAUCCUAUACUGUGGCACACGUGGCAAGGAUGGGGUGGCUUCCAGUGGGACUAAGCUCUUAAUUGAAUCUUUCGAGAAGAAAAUCCCCAUUCGCGUCCUGCGUAGCUGCAAGCUACCAAAGAUUAAUCCCUAUAGGCCCGCGAUGGGGUUCCGGUAUGAUGGGCUCUAUGAUAUCCAUGGGAUGGAGGUUCUGGACAAACCGUCAAUGUUGCAUAGGUUCAAGCUGCGACGAAUCCCCGAACAGACACCCAUUAGGUAUCAGGGAGAUGAGAAACGCCCGACAAAGAGGGAGCUUGAGGAGUGGAAGAGGGUUUACAAUCUUACCGCGAUCUGGAAGGUGAAUUAG